AUGUCGCUGGGCACGUCGGCCGAUAAUGCGGAGAUUGUCGCCGCGGGCUUUCAUACAUUCCGCGCCCCUCUUCCCGAGCAUGCGGCCGAGGUCACCUCGUUGAUCGCAGACCUAUACUCCAUCAGCUCGUCGCUGACGAACCUCGAGGCCCUCAACAAGGACCCGCGCUAUCGACGCAAUUUCCUCCUCAUCCAGUCCGAUCUGUCAUUGGUCCAGACAAGUCUCAAAUACACCGUCGAUGAUACUCUGGAUUUCUUUCGCGCCCUCGACGGCGGCCAGACCAGCUCGGCAGUCUACAAGCGCACCUGGACUGCCCUAAAUGACUUCUUCUGGGAUGAAGCACAGUACAGUCUCGCCACCCGCUUAGCAAAGUAUAAAACCUUCAUGAGAGAGCUGGCCGAAGUGGUGAAGGAUGACGGCCAAGACCCCCAGUACCUCGCAGGUCUUCGGAAUGGAAUGAAAUUGCUCUGCGACGUGCAAGCAUCGCAUAUCACCGAGCGUCUUCGCCGCGUCCCGCUCUAUCGGAAUGCGUCGAGCGGGAGCGCUGAGCCAAUGAGCCCGGCCAGUGAUCCAAGAGCUCCUCGGCCUAGGUCCCAUGAACGUCGUCGUCCGGCGUACACAUCCCCGACUUCGCCAAUGUCCGCUUCUUCGGGCACGUACUCGGAUUUCCCGCCCUCUGUGCCCUCUGUGCCUGCUUCGCCGAUGACAUCGGCAACAUCAGCUACGUCGGCUACCAGUCGCUCGACAAAUACUGGAAGACCUCACUGGGCGCAAGUGGUGUUCAAAUCUUUUAGUACAAACACUCCUUUACCGAGAGUAGGAGAAAGAUCCAACUGCUAUGGAGACAUAUGCCCCGACGCCAGGGAGAUGCUAAUAGGAAGAGGAUUCGAAGAGCUUCUUGAAUUCCGCCCCGAAGGCGAAUCCCACCUUCGGGUAUACUUUUAUAUACGAAAACGCGACUCCCACGUCCGGAUACUCAUCAAAGUUCCUCAUCGGUCCCGAUCAAGCGACUAUUAUACUCUGCCAUUGAGCCUCGUCGAUGUCCAGCGAGAUGGAAGCUGCCUUUGUCUGUACAGGCAGCGAAGGGGCAAGAAUGAAAAUGUCUUGUGGGCUUUACUAACAUUCAAGACGAUGGAAGCUCUCGUGACCUUUCAUCACACAUUGCUCGCUUUGCGCUCUCAAGAUCUAGCGUCCGAUGCGAAGGGGGAUAAUCUCUCGGACUGCGAGUUGAUAGACGAGGUUGAGCUUUAUGGAGGCAAAAUUAACGAUGACGGAUACCUCCACGGGCUGCGCAUCUGGGAAGACCAGAAGACUGGCGCUGUGCGCCUUCAGGCUUCCGUGCAUGGGGGCGAAAUGGGCAGGACCCCGGUCUGGACUGCUUUCUUCAACCACAACCUUGAAAAGAAUUGGAUCAAGAGCGAGGAUUCGAAAACUCUCGUCCUGCGCCAUCUCAAACCUAUCAUUUUCAUGUCCGAGGAAGACUAUGUUUCGCCGCGAAAUAGCUACGGGCGUAUCAUUGAGUUCAAAAGUUCAUCGGGUGAGUGA